AUGGCAGAUGUAGUGGAUGAUGUGAUAAUGGAUUCUGAUGAAAACGAAGAUAUCAUUCCUAAAAGUACUGAAGAAAUUGCAGAACUGAAGAAAGAAAAUGGCAAUAAACUGUACAAAAUCAAGCAGUACAGAUCAGCUUUACCUCUCUACUCAGAAGCCAUUAAUAUUUGUCCUGAAACUGCUUCAUACUAUGGCAACAGAGCGGCCUGCUACAUGAUGCUUAACAGAUAUGUGGAAGCUCUUGAGGACAUCAGAAAAAGUGUCCAACUUGACCCAAAUUUUGUGAAGGGAUAUACUAGAAUGGCAAAGUGUGGUAUAGCUUUGGGCGAUCUCACAACAGCUGAAUAUGCCAUUAAAAAAGUUCAAUCGCUGCAACCUGAUGGACAAGCAAUAACCAGCGAAUUAAAAUCCUUUGAAAAAAUCAAGCAGUAUGAAGCCGAAGCGGUUAAAAGUUAUGAAAAGGGAGAUUUCCGAAAAGUGGUUUUCUGCAUGGAUAGAUGCCUGGAUGAAGCUCCUACUUGUAACCGUUAUAAAAUCACCAGGGCUGAAUGUCUCGUUUUUCUUGGACGAUUCCAAGAGGCGCAAGAAAUCGCCAACAGCAUUCUCCACAUUGAUAAGGGCAAUGCAGAUGCCAUAUAUGUUAGAGGCAUGUGCCUGUUUUAUGAGGACAAUCUUGAUAGCGCCUUCCAACAUUUUCAACAGGUUUUCAGAUUGGCUCCCGACCACAAGAAAGCCAUGGGCAUCUACAAGAGAGCAAGAACUUUGAAAAAGAUGAAGGAGGAUGGUAAUGAGGCUUAUAAGGCCUGUAAAUUCCAGGAAGCCUACAACCUCUACACAGAAGCUUUAAAAGUCGAUCCUCUAAACAAAAAAACAAACGCGAAAUUAUACUUUAAUCGUGCAACAGUAUCAUCCAGAUUGACCAAAACACGUGAGGCUAUCGAGGAUUGUACAGCUGCCAUUAGCCUUGAUGACACUUAUAUCAAAGCAUUGUUACGUAGGGCCAAGUGUUAUAUGGAUCUAGGAGAAUACGAAGAUGCCGUUAGAGAUUAUGAAAAGAUCUGUAAAAUGGAUAAGAGCAGAGAAAAUAAAAAACUGUUACAAGAUGCCAAACUUGCCCUAAAAAGAUCAAAAAGAAAAGACUACUAUAAAAUACUCGGAGUAGAUCGAAACGCCGGCGAAGAUGAAAUCAAAAAGGCAUAUAAAAAGAGAGCUCUUGUCCAUCAUCCUGAUAGACAUGCAAAUGCCACGGAAAACGAAAAGAAAGACCAAGAAAAAAAAUUCAAAGAAGUUGGUGAGGCAUAUGGAGUGCUUUCCGAUCCAAAGAAGAAAGCUCGGUACGAUAAUGGUCAAGACAUGGAUGAUUUUGAUGGGGGCAUGUCAGAUAUAGAUCCAACUCAAGUGUUCCAGACCUUCUUCGGUGGCGGCGGUGGCGGACCGGCCGGUCAACAUGGCCAAGAAUUUUCCUUUGGAGGUGGUUUCCCAAAUUCAUUCUCUUUCCAGUUCGGCUAA